AGGUUAUGUUUUCAGUCUUGCACUUGUACCUGUAUACUAUUUUAUUGACUGUUAAUUUUUUGAUUUUAGUUCUCAGUAAGAAAAAGUAUAUUUAAAAUGGGCGAUAUACUAAAGGAUAGUCGUUUCACGAAGUAUCUAAACGAUCCUCGUUAUAAACAGAUACCUAAACAUGAAAGAAAAGUUAAAAUAGAUAAAAGGUUUCAGUCCAUGUUCAGUGAUGAUAAGUUUAAAGUAAAAUAUAGUGUAGAUAAGCGUGGAAGACCUAUCAACGAAACAUCUACGGAGAAUUUACGAAAGUACUACGAUUUAGAUGAUUCCGAAGACAGUUCUGAAGAUGACCAGCAGCAGGACGAUCAAGGAACAAAUCAAGAAGAAAACGAACCAGGACGUUUUGUGAAACGAGUUGACAAACACAAAGAAAAAGAAACAGACCCCGUAAAAUUUCAGAAUGACAAACUUAUUCGAGGAGCCCUAGAUUCUAAAACAAAAACGAGAUUGCUUGAUUUAGACAUUGACUACGCUAGAGGAGAAGGUGUGCUAGUAACUGAUUCUUCUAGUGAUGAAGAAAGUAGUGAGGGUGAGGAUGAGAGUGAGCUGGAACAUGAGUGGGGAGAACUCGAUGCUGAUGCUGAAACUACUGAUGAAUCUACCAAAAGAAUCGCUAUCUGCAACAUGGAUUGGGACAACAUUAAGGCAACGGAUCUCAUGGUGCUUCUGAGCUCAUUUCUACCACCGGGAGGUGUUAUUCAUCAUGUUACGAUUUAUCCUUCGGAGUAUGGUUUGAAGAGAAUGCAAGAGGAAGAAGUGAGGGGCCCGAUUGAACUGACAGAAGAUAAACAGCAUGACAGUGGUCUCUCCGAUGAUGGUGGAAAUGAGGAAGGAUCAACAUACCACAUGGAGAAGCUGAGGCGUUACCAGCUAAACCGUCUGAAGUACUACUACGCGGUGGUGGACUGUGACACCGUCGCCACGGCCGACAAGUUGUACAGCGAGUGCGACGGCCUCGAGUACGAGAGCAGCGCCACCAAACUCGACAUGAGGUUUAUACCCGACGACGUGGAAUUCGAUCAGGAGCAGCGAGAGAGGUGUGACAAACUGCCGGACCUUAAGAAGUACAAGCCGCGGCUGUUUACGACGACGGCGCUGCAGCAGGCCAAGGUGGAUCUGACGUGGGACACCACCAACCCCAACCGCACAGAGGCCAUCCGGGACGCGCUCACAGGGAAUAUCAACGAUGACCUUAACGAGUACCUGGCUUCGAGUAGUGAAGAUGAAGCGUCAGAAAAGGAAGAUUUACCCCAAUCGGAUAAUGAAACUGAUGAUCCCAUACAAAAGUAUAAAAUGUUGUUACAAGACAUUGAAAAGAAAGAGGAAAAGAAAAACAACAAAGACAUGGAGAUGGAAAUUAGCUGGGGAGUCGGGAUCAAGGAGAAGGCUGAGGAGUUAAUCAAGAAAAAGAUCAACGAAGACACGAAGACUUUGACGCCUUUCGAAAAAAUCAUACAGAAGAGAAAGGAAAAGAAGAAGCAGAGGAAAAUGCAAAAGAAACAAAACACAGAAGACGGCGACGGCGUCGAUAGUGAUGACGACGUGCCGUCAGACGUCGACAUGAACGACCCCUACUUCGCAGAAGAAUUCAACAAACCAGAAUUCAAGAGUAAAAAGUCUAAAAACAAGAAAGAAUCCAGCGACGAACGAUCCGAUGCAGAAGAAGAGAAGAGAAAAGCAGAACUGGAACUCCUUCUCGACGACGACGAUGGCAAAGAACAUUUCAGCCUCAAGAAAAUACAAGAGUCGGAGGACGCGAGCAAGAAAUCCAAAAGGAAAAAGAAGCUGCGGGAAAAAAUGAAGGAACAAAAGGAAAAGUUGCCCGAUUUCGAUAUGGAUCUCAACGACAAUAGAUUCGCCGCUUUGUACGAGUCGCACCAUUUCAAUAUAGACCCUAGUGACCCUAAUUUCAAAAAGACGAAGAAUAUGGAGAAGCUGAUACAAGAGAAAUUAAAGAGGAGACCCGUCGAUUUACCGGACUCGGUACCCACGCCAAAAAAAUGUAAGGAAGACAUUGAACUAGACAUUUUAGUGAAAAAUAUCAAGAGAAAGUCGAAAAAUAUUAAAAGUAAAUAAAUUUUAA